AUGCGAAGCAAAGAGGUCGAUGAGGCGCUUUCGCUCGCGAUACAGGCGGCUGAAGCCCUCGGAGCGGGAGAGCUCACCGGUAAGGAUGCCCACCAGCUUUCUCGAGUAUGUUUUCUCUCGGAUCCAACAUCGUGCCACGACCCGACCCUGACGCCCUUAUCCCGUCCGUUUCACCCCUUGAACACAGGCGAGGAGUUGGGGUGGCUGGAUUCAGUGAGAGACGCGGUGACAACCAACCUGCGCCCGGCUGAUACAGCGCCGACGUCGCCCAGGAGCGCGCGCAGCCCGAGGAAAGUUGGCACCGUCCCGUGGGAUGGGGGUGCCAUCGUCCGGGAGUUGGUGCGUCACGUGACGCGAACCCGACUGGCGAUGCCCCGGCCCGGCCACGACCCGAAAUCAACCGCGCCCGAGCCGUUCCCUGUCCUCCCGCUCGGAUCCACGCUGUGUUCCGUGGCGGAGUUGAGGGCGAUGGGACCGUGCGCCUCGGACUUGACGAGGCUCUGGGCGAGGAGCAGACGAUCCGACUCUGACGACGAGGAGGAUGAGGAUGAGGACGCCCCGGAGCUGAACGACGCGUCCACCGCGCCCGUGGUACCCGUCGCCGUCGUGGGUAGGCUAACACUCGCCCCCGCGCUGCCCGUGAACGCUCCGGGACACGAGUACGAGACGAUCGACCCGGCGAUUGACGCGGCGGGCCUGGCCCUCGCCGACGCCACCGGGUCCGUCGCGGUCGUCACCUCGGCGUCGUUGCCCGACGCCAGGUGGAUCGGUAAGGCGGUGUUGGCGACCGGGUGGACGAGACCGGGUUUAGGUCGGUCGGACAUAGAGGGUUUAGGGUUUAGCGGUGAUUGUGCGGGGUUUAGCGGCGGGUCCGGGGGGUCCGUCGUGCUGGAGGUGACGUCGUUCGCGUGCCUCGAGGAGGACGGCGUCGGCGGGCACCGGCCGCCGGCGAUGCCGAGCGUCGUCGACGCCGCCGUCGCUCCGCCGAGGAAGAAGAAGGGGGCGCCCACCGUGACCGGCGCGGUCGUCGCCGUGUCACCCGUGAUCACGUUACGGGACCGGGCGCAGAGGUUUUUCAUGGCGGAGCUCGGCGCGUGCCCGAGGUGCGGCGCUGGGGACGAACGCGGGUUGCUGUUCAACGGCGAGACCCUGUGUCGGUGGCGACCGUUUCUCGGCGCCGCGAUGGGGGGCGAGUUCGACGCGAGCGACGGGUACGCCGCGAACCAGUGCGGGUGCGUCACCGUCGCGGACACGAGGGAGAUGAGCAUGUUCAAGGGCGACGGCGACGGAAAGGAGAUUCGGCUGCUGGCGGCGACGGCGGCGACGACCGUCGUUCCAAACCCCGCGGGACCCGCGCGCCUCUUUCGGUCGGUCGCGGGGACGGGACGGUCGUCAACACGCUCAAACGUCGAGUGCGGGUGCGCGUCGUGCGCGAGAGGAGCUACGCUGGGUCGGUUGGAGGCUUCCGUGGUGGGUCCGGAUCCGAACGGCGCGGGCGUCGUGCUCGUCAGGCCCGUCGGGACUCGGGGACGAGGAAUUCCGUUCGUCCCGGACUUGGGCGUGAUGAGCACCGGGUCGGUGGUGCCGUCGCUUAGGGCGGGUGCCACGGUGGCGUUGACGCACGCGCACCCGGUGUGGAAGCGGGCGACGGGGGAUGAGGACGACGACGACGACCUCGACGGCGACGGCUGGGGUUUGCGCGCGGUGGGCGCGUGCGUUCGGACGAGGGUGAGGACCGUGACGCCCUCGCCCUCGUGCGCGCCCGCACCGACGCUCACGACGUCCACGGAAGGAGGAAAAGGGGAUGGGUGCGUCGAGGUGUUCACGAAGAGGGACGUGGCGCGCGCGUGCGAGCGGGGGGGCAUCCCCGCCGCCGUCCGGCUCCGGGAUAUGGCGGCGGCGCUUGGACGAAAGUUUGAUUGCGCCGAUCCCGGGCAGCGACGCAACGCGAACCGCCUUCUGGUGGGCAAACGGAAGCGGUCCAGCGUCGGGGGCGUCGGCGAUGAUGAUGCGAGCGCGACGGGGUUUGAUCUCGACGGCGCCCUGCGAAGACUGGGCGGCGAAGAAACGGCGCCAGACUCGAGCUCGAAUCGUCGCGGCCAGAGCAUAUAUCACGAGUUCUUCACACCCGUGGGCCUCGGCGGGGACGAGCGCCCCGUCCCCGCGGUACCCACGCUGCGGUCCAUCGUCGACGCUGGCGUGGGUUCGUUCGCCGACGCCGUGCGGGCGGAGGUGACCGCCGCCGAGACGGCCGGGCGCCGGUCGAGCAAGUCAGCCGCCGCGGCGCUCCCUUUUGGAAACAACGCGGGAGCCGUACUUGUCGACCGCGUGGUCGUUUCCAGCCGCGAGUUCGGCGGACCUACACCGUGCCUGCUGCUCGGGUGGCUGAAGGAGUACAAGACGGGCGAGGGCGCGAGGGAGAAGAGGAGGUACGCUCUGACGGAUCACACGCACGAAAUCGACGUCUGCCUCGCCGGGGAUCGCGUCCUUCCGCCGCUGCCGUGCAUGAUGGCUUGCACCCGAUGGAGCCUGGCGUGCGAGGGUGCCAAGGAAUCGGUGGCCGUCGAGGGGUACUCCAACGCGAGAGACGCAGAAUCGCUGCCGCCGAGGCUCGCCGCACCCCGGUGCCACCUUCGGUUCGCAGCCUCCGACGUCGCGUGCGCCGAGGACGCGUUCAACGACGAAAACGCCCCGCCGGCGGCCCGACCGGAACCGAACGAGAUCAAAUCGUUAUCCGACGUUUUGGUGUGGGUGAGGGGCACGUCGGACGGUUGGCACAAGGGCGCGGGUCCACCGCCCAUGGGGGGCGCGUACGCCGAUCCGGAGGAGCGCGCGGCGCGCGUCAAUCCGGCGUAUCGCCCCCUCACGCAGGCGCAGUGGCCGCCGCGGGCGUCCGGCGCUCCCCCGUUUCGAGCCCUCGUCGUCGGCGACGCGUACCAGCGGGACACGUGGGGACGCGGCGCCCAACGGGUGCUCAAGCUCCGUGACGUGGACACCGGGGACAGGUGCGACGGGUACACGGACAGGACGGAGGAUCUUCCGUCCGGCGUGGGCGUCGGCGCGGUGCUCGUGCUCGAAAACGCCAAGCGGGGGGUGAGCAACACCAUGCAGUGUUACGUCAAGUUCACGCCGGGCACGAGGGUGACGGUCGAGGUACCCGGCCACGCCACGCUGGGCCCGUCGCGCGUCCCAAUCCCCGCCCCGCUCCGUUCUCGGACGGUGAGGCUGGCGGAUAUCGCCGCCGCCGCUGCCGCCGGCGCGGGUGCCGUCGAUAACCGGCUGUGGCAGUUUCGAGCUCGGGUCGUGUCUGUCAACACGCUCGCCGUCAGGUGGGGGUGCAAGUUCUGCGGGUCAGACGCCGGAUCCAUGGGCGCCGCAUCCGCAGAACUUGCUGAAACCUCGAUGAGAACUCACCGAAGGGCAAGGGCGGGCGUGGACGACGUCGAGGGUAUCGGCGCCGUCCUGGCCGGGUGCGGCGAGUGCCGGCCGAGGUCGGCUUCGGCGGCGGCUCGAGCGGCGGCGGCGGAGCGAUCGUGCGGCUUCGAGGUUGAGUGCAACGCCACCCUGGACGACGGUACGUAUCAUUGCGACCUGUGGAUCAACGGCACCGCGGGCGAGGCGUUGCUACCCCCGGGUCUCAAGUCCAAGGCGGUGGCGUUGGCCCGGAGGCACGGGUGCGUUCGCGCCACCCUGGCGGCUUCGAGUCGGGACGUCGGUGACGACGGUCCGAGGUUCUUCAGCCACGACCUGCGCGGGUACGCGGGUUUACCCAUGAGCAAGGUGGAGGGUGCGCCGCUCGUGGCCGCGGUGGGGCACGCCAAGAGCCUGGGCGAGAUGAUCGUCGCCGCCAACCUCUCGUACAAGCGGUGGACGGAGGACAAGUCGGCGACUGAUUUUUUCGGCGCUCGAAGCCACCCGGGGCCCAACGCGUGUCCGGUGGUUCUCAACGGCAAACCCUGCGUCAUGUCGUACGCGCCCAUACCCAAGCUCAGGGCGGUGGCCGUGACGCCCGUGGAGUGCGCGAGGGAGGCUGCGGCGGCGUUGGAUGCGCUCGAGAGGCGGCGGCGGCGAUAG